UUUUGCUUGAGAGUGGCUCGGAGCCUUCCAAGUUCCCAUUCCAGCCCCAAAUCCUAAUUUAUAUUUGUUUUUUUAACAAUUUGCUGAAUGUUUCCUCACCUCCCCAUGGAAAGUAAUCCUUGGUAUCUCCCUCCAUGGAAGGAAAAUCCAUAGCGAGGUUUUCGUUAGCAUCAUAUAAAUUUCGCUGAUUCUGAUUUCUUUCCCAAAGAGAAGAAGUAAGAGACUUCAAUCCUCGCUCGUCUCCUCUUCUUUCCUCCGGUUCUGGGAUCGGAGGCCCGGGAUAAUGGCUGGGCGGCGGGAGGGCCCGCUGAUGCGUGUCGGCAAUGGCCUGCCCUCUCGCGGAUCUCGGAUCGCCAUGGCCGUUGCCAUCGGCAUCAUCCUCGGAUGCGUCAUUGCCUUCCUCUUCCCCGAUGGCCUCUUCCGCUCCUCAUCCCCGUCACCUCCUCGCUCCCAGAACACCGCCAAAUUGAGUCAGGUUAAUUCUGCCCCAUGUAAAUCAGUUGAGAGGACCAACAUUUUGAAGUCAGAGCUGGCAUCACUAUCAGAAAAAAAUGCAGAAUUAAAGAAGCAGGUUAGGGAACUAACUAUGAAGCUUCAAUUGGCUGAACAAGGAAAAGAUCAGGCUGAAAAGCUGUUUCUAGCUUUAGGAGCAAAGCAUAAAGCUGGUCCUUUUGGUACUGUCAAGAGUUUGAGAACAAAUCCAGCUGUCACUCCUGAUGAAUCUGUGAACCCAAGAUUGGCAAAGAUACUAGAAAAGGUAGCUGUUCGAAAAGAGCUUAUAGUUGCUCUAGCAAACUCCUAUGUGAAGGAGAUGGUGGAGAUCUGGUCUGAGAAUAUCAAAAGAGUGGGUAUACCCAAUUAUCUAAUUGUAGCAUUGGAUGAUGAGAUGGAAAGUUUCUGCAAAUCAAAGGAAGUUCCUGUUUACCGAAGAAAUAGUGACGAAGGCAUUGAUUCCAUUGGAAGGAGAGGCGGGAACCAUGAAGUGUCUGGAUUGAAGUUCCAUAUUUUGAGGGAAUUUUUGCAGCUUGGUUACAGUGUUCUUCUCUCAGAUGUUGAUAUCAUCUACUUACGGAACCCAUUUGGUCAUCUUUACAGAGAUUCUGAUGUGGAAUCCAUGAGUGAUGGUCACAAUAACAUGACAGCUUAUGGUUAUGAUGAUGUCUUUGAUGAGCCACAAAUGGGUUGGGCAAGAUAUGCUCAUACAAUGCGCAUAUGGGUUUACAAUUCUGGUUUUUUCUAUAUUAGACCAACAAUUCCCUCAAUUGAGCUUCUGGAUCGUGUAGCAACCAGAUUAUCUCGUGAAAAUGCAUGGGACCAACGGGUCUUCAAUGAAGAGCUUUUCAUCCCCUCACACCCGGGAUAUGAUGGGCUUCAUGCAUCCAGGAGAACCAUGGAUAUGUAUCUUUUUAUGAACAGCAAUGUUCUUUUCAAGACUGUGAGGAAAGAUGCUAACCUGCGCAAGUUAAAGCCAGUCAUUGUUCAUGUGAAUUACCAUCCUGAUAAACUCCGUAGAAUGAAAGCUGUUGUGGAGUUUUACGUCAAUGGAAACCAAAAUGCACUGGAUCCUUUGCCUGAUGGUUCAGAGUAGUCUAUUGGGCCCUUGCUUUGGGUUUCGCUUUUGCAAUAGAAGCACAGGUUUUUGACUUCUACCUUGUAGACAUUACUUUCAUGUAGAUCAUCUGAAAAGCCUUUGCACUUAUGCUGAGUUCCACUAGAAGUUGUGGAAGGCAGCUUUUCUUGAUCCCAUACAUGAUCUGGUGCUCUAAUUAUGAUAAAGAUGGAAUAAUAUAGCAUCAUAAGGAAACUCUUAUCACUUGUCUUCAUUGUCUGCUAUGGUUCUUCUGUUCUAUACCGGAUAUUUGGCAAAGUCAAUAUGAUCUUGAUUGCUGGAAGGUAGUCAUCACUGUCCAAUUCUCAGAUUAUCUCCAUUUUGGCAAGUUCUUGUUCUUUACCUUGAUGUCAACUUCUACACAGUAUCUUGUGUCCAAGAGAUUUUUUUUAUAAAAAAAAUCAAUUGGGGGAGGGGGUUAAGACUUCACCCAAUUUAUUGUGGGAAGAAAUUUUCACUUAAUGCAUGCCGGA